AUGUUCAGCUUCAUUUUACCACCCAUCCUCUUCUUCUCUUUGCUCCCCCUCCUCAUCAUCUUCACGACCACGGUUGCACAACCUUACAAACCGACUGAACACAUCCUUCUCGACUGCGGCUCAUCCACCUUUUCCAUUUCCAAUUCCAAUCAGAGAUGGGAGGGUGAUGAAAAUUCCAAAUUUGUACCUUCCGACAUCACCACCACUUCCGUUACAUAUAAAGCUACUUCAUCAUCCCCAAAUCCUUCCGUCGCUACAAUCCCUUAUUCCACCGCUCGAAUCUUUACCACUUCUUCAUUCACCUACACUUUUCCAGUGUCCCAAGGCCCCAAAUUCCUCCGCCUCCAUUUCUAUCCAGCCACCUACUCCAACCUUGACACGAAAAAAUCUUUCUUCUCUGUAUCGUCCAAUGGCUACUCUCUUUUAACCAACUUCAGUGCUUUCCUACACGUCUUGUUCCAGGAACAAACUCGCUCUGAUGCAAACCUUGUCAAGGAAUUCCUCAUCCAUGUAAACGAUACACAAACGCUAAACGUUGUCUUUACACCAUCGCCCAACUCGUAUGCCUUCAUCAAUGGUAUUGAAAUCGUUUCAAUGCCCGACAAUCUGUAUUUUAAUAAUGCUAUAAAACCAAAGCCCGUUAGUAUGAAUUCAGGACCCUAUAUUCUUAACAAUAUAGCUCUUGAAAAUAUAUACCGGUUAAACAUGGGCGGGGAACAUAUAUCCGAUAAGGAUGAUACGGGUAUGUCCCGGCCAUGGGAUCCAGAUGAUAAAUACAUAUACGGUGUCGCGCAUGGGUUGACACCUUUUAACACGACUUCGAUCACAUACACCCCCGAGACACCGAGUUAUACAGCGCCCGAGCAAGUUUACCAAACCCAAAGGAGUAUGGGCAAUAAUUUGUCUGAAAACUACAAUCUGACUUGGAGACUUCCGGUUGAUUCUGGGUUUUACUACAUGCUCAGGCUCCAUUUUUGCAACAUCAUACCACAGUAUACAAAAAGUCAUCGAGUGGUUUUCACAAUUUUUAUUAAUAAUCAAACUGCUGAAGAGCGGGCUGAUCUAUUUUUCUGGACCCAAGGUAGUGGGUAUCCUUUUUUCAAGGAUUACGUUGUGUUUGUCAACAGCCCAGAUGGUCUCCCAAGCAAGCAAGAUUUGUGGCUUGCAUUACAUCCUAAUACCAUGUCUAAAUUAUACCGAGAUUCUUAUUUAACAGAUGCUUAUUUGAAUGGUUUGGAAGCUUUUAAGCUGAGCAUGAUCGGUAAUUUUUCUAGUCCAAACCCGGAAGUUAGUCCUGAACACCCACUGCAGAACAAGAAGGCGACACCAAGGUAUGCCCCAAUCAUUGGAGGUGUAGGGGGAGGAUUAGUUUUGCUGACUGCUUUACUUCUUAUUCUUUUAUGGAAAAACCAUAACCCAUCACUAGCGUUAGAUCAAGACUGCCGUCACUUUACACUCAAAGAACUGAAAGUUGCUACCAAUAAAUUUAACGAAAAUCGUGUCAUUGGCAAAGGAGGAUUUGGUAAGGUGUAUAGAGGGCACAUAGACAACUCUAGAAAACUUGUAGCCAUCAAACGGUUUAGUCCAUCAUCAAAACAAGGUUUUCAAGAAUUCAAAACAGAAAUACAGUUGUUGUCUAAAAUACGCCAUGUCCAUCUAGUGUCCCUGAUUGGAUAUUGUGAUGAAAAUAAAGAGAUGAUCCUUGUGUACGAUUACAUUGUGAAUGGAACUCUACGCGAACAUCUCUACAACACAAACAACCCUCCUUUGUCAUGGAGAACACGUCUCAAUAUCUGCAUUGGAGCAGCCAGAGGAUUGCACUACCUUCACACAAGCGAAAAACUUACAAUAAUUCAUCGCGAUGUCAAGUCCACAAACAUCUUACUCGAUGAAAACUGGGUUGCUAAAGUGUCUGAUUUUGGUUUGUCAAAGGUAAGCUCCAAUGAUUUGUCAAAUACACAUGUAACCACAAUGGUAAAAGGUAGUAUCGGGUAUAUUGAUCCAGAAUAUUGCAAAAGCCAGCACCUGAGGCAAAAGUCGGAUGUGUACUCGUUUGGGGUGGUUCUGUUUGAAGUCUUGUGUGCAAGACCUGUUAUCAAUCCAUGGGUGAGCGGCGAACAAGUGAGUUUGGCAGAAUGGGGAAAGAUUUGCUAUCAAAGGGGAACACUCAUUGAAAUAAGUGAUCCUAACAUAAGUGGUGAGGUUGCAACAGAGUGUUUAAGGAAGUUCGGAGAGGUCGCAAAUAGUCGCUUACAUGAAGAAGCGAGUGCACGACCAGCUAUGGAGGAGGUCGUUUGCGGACUAGAGUGUGCGUUGCAGCUACAAGCAUCAUCCGAAGAAAUAGAUGGAAGUGUUGGCAAGGAAAUGUUAAAAAAGCAAGAACAUGACACUACACACAACAACGGGACAGAAGAUGAGGGAAGUUUUGCAUCGUCCAAAGAAUCUGAGGAGUCCAAAAUAAUCGAAUUAUCGACAAGUGUAAGUAGUUAA